AUGAAGAAAAAUUCAACGUGUGGACUUUUAUUGAAUGUGCCAUUCACAAGUCCUAUUUGUACUAUAAAUUCUAUUGAUAACAAAGUUUUGGUUGGGACAUGGGAUGGUUACUUUUAUCAAGUUUGUUUGAGUGGAGAACAUGACGUUGUGGUAGUACAAAUUGAACCUUCUUACCCAAUAAGGUAUAUAAGUGCAUUGAAAAAUGCAGACAAUAACAGGGAGCUCAAUACUAAAGCUCAAAUAAGCUAUGAGCUUAUAUUGGGAGGCGUAUACAAGACAAAAGUGAGAGUAAAAAAUCGGACCAACUCACCAAUAAUUCCAUUGGAUGAGCUUGAGGUAUCCCCGGAUGCCCACUACCAGAUAAUUGAGACAAGGUCAAGCCUCGAAUGUUUUGACUUCAGUAAUAGAGUGAGUGGAUUAAAAAACAAGUAUUUAAGGAGUCCCUUGUUUUUAUUUUCUUCGACAAUUAAUUCGUAUUUUGGUUUUAAUGGCGAGAAAGGAGAAAUAGAAAUAUCACUCGGGAACUUUUACAUUCCAGAUAGAGAAUUUGUUAUUUUGGAUUAUGAUUUUCUGAAUAAUCAUUUGCUUAUUGUUGAGAGAUCCCCAGAGAGAUUGGACUAUUAUGCAUUGUGUUCACUGCAGAUAAUUGAGUUACCACGUUCUCAGAAUAAUUUAGUAAAAGAAAUUGAUCCGAAUGAAAUUACUAAUUUAACAGAAAUACCUCCAAAGUAUAUAUUAAAUUUCCCAAUUAAGAAUCCUCUAUUAAUUACAUCUAAUAUUAAGUCCGAAUUAACACUCAGUUCAUCAGCAGAAUAUAAUAACUUUAAGGACUUCAACCAUAUAUAUAAAUAUCUUUACUCUACAAUGUUUAAAAUGUCUGAUUUCAGAAAGGAUCGUUUCAAUAUAUUUAAAUCAAUGUAUAACCUUUGUGAUGCAAAAUUCUGGGGAUGUAAUUCUUUCGUAUUUCUUGUUUCAAAUCACACAAUUAUUGGAGUUGAUAUUCUUUUUUCAAAAGAUAAUGAACUUAUUACUUAUACCAGUAUUAAAAAUAAAUUCUGCAUAAAGUCACCAGAUAGAAACAUUACAUCUAUCUCCACCACUAACUACAACUAUAUGGUUGCAUUAACCGAAAAAAAUAGAGUGUUUCUAUCAAACAGAAAUGGUGAAAUAGUAUAUUCUAUAAAUAAUAUAACUCCUAAUAAAUCUAAUUUUAAAUGGGUUUGGCCAGUGCAUGUAUUUGUCAUGCACACCGGUAUUGUACUUUUCUCAACUACUAAAGGGUUAUACUACUUUUACUGUGAUUUAUUGGAUAAAGAAAAAGUUUCCUGUGUAAAUGAUCAAAGCUUUACGAUAGAUUUACCUAAUUAA